AUGAAUGAAAAUGCCACAGAGCUAGAAGCUACAGUUCUUAACUGUAACAGACUUGCAAUGGACUAUCUGAAACUUGAAGAUUUCAAGCAAAGCCUGACUCUUCUGAAGCGUGCAGAAACAAUUUUAAACAACGAAGAAGACACCUUCAGCUCAAUACCAAAUAGACUAAAGCUGAUGGGAAUAACUCUCAACAACCUAGGCUGUUACUAUAAAAAGCGAAAACAAAUCAAAGUCGCCCUCAACUACUUACGCCAAGCUCUACAAGUCGAGCUUCAAACACAAUCAGAUAACGUAAAUAUAGCAGGAACUCAUUUAAACAUCUGUGCAAUUCUAUCAUCACUCUCAAAACACGAGCAGUCCUUCCAGCAUGCCAGACAAGCUAUGGCUCUGCUUGAAGAAGCAAGAUCUCAAGAAGCUUUAUCCCAAGAAAAAGGCCUAAAUUUGGCAACAAGUCUAGUGAUUUCUUAUCAUAAUGCUGGAGCUGAAUUGGAGCAUAUGAGCAAGAUGUCUGAAGCUUUGCAGUAUUAUGAAAGUGCGUGAAAAAUUUCAAAAAAAGAACUAGGAGGGAAAAACCCACUCACAGUCAACAUGCUGGAAGCUUUUAAUAAUUUAUCGAUGAAAUUCAACAACAGCUUUUCUGUGCUGAGGUCAGAAAGAAAUAGAAUUACUCCAUUGAGGACCAGAGGGAGCGCUUCUGAUGUGCCGAAUACAGUUAGAGAAAAGCUACCAUCGAUUACUCCUCCAAGGAUGAGAAAUGGGAGAAACACUGGGAAUUCGAUUUCUCCUGGAAGAGAUUUUAGAGUUCCUGAAACGAUUGAGAAAAUUAGGUCUAUGGUGUCAAGGGCUCAUUAA